UCCUAUGACCUCAGUCCUGGGAGUGGCGUGCCAUUCUACUUGUUCCAGUUGCCAGGAACUGAUAAGGAACAGAGGAUUUAUGAGAAACAGCACGCAGGAAUCCUCCUGUUAAACGUUUCCUGACAGCCUACAGUACACCAAUCGGGGAAAUUCUGAAAAGGCCAGCUCUACUUGGAGGUAGGAAGGGCCAACCAGUAGGAACUUCCUGGGCAUGAUGUGUGGCUUGAGUUAUGUUCCUAAGUGUCCAUGAGCUCAGAAGGUUUCUCUCGGGGCAUUCUGGAACCAGGACUUAGUGCGAGACCAGAGGAGGAAAUGUGACCAAGGCCCUUGCAGACUGACAUGUGCCUCCCUUCCUCCAGGCUGGCCAAGCCCCACUCCAGUCUAACCUCCAUGCUCUUUUGAAGGAAUCAGGAGGCAGACAAGAAAGUGAAAGGGAACAAAAAAGCCCAGUCUACAGGCUGACAAGGAACCAUGAAGCUCAGGGAAAAAGACUCAGCAGAUAACAAAGGAAGUGACUUGGAGAAAAAGAAACUGGACUGGUCCUGCUCAUUGAUCCUGGCAUCUCUCGUGGGCGCCUUCGGCUCCUCCUUCCUCUACGGGUACAACCUCUCCGUGGUGAACGCCCCGACUCCGUACAUCAAGGCCUUUUACAACGAGUCGUGGGAGAGAAGGCAUGGAUAUCCCAUAGACUCGGACACUCUGACCCUGCUCUGGUCUGUGACCGUGUCCAUAUUCGCCAUCGGUGGACUCGUGGGGACAUUCCUGGUGAAGGUGAUCGGAAAAUUUCUUGGGAGGAAAAACACUUUGCUGGUCAACAAUGGGUUUGGGGUUUCUGCCGCAUUGCUGAUGGCCUGUUCUCUCCCAGCUGGAGCCUUGGAAAUGCUCAUUGUGGGACGUUUCAUCAUGGGUGUGGAUGGAGGCAUCGCCCUCAGCGCGCUCCCCAUGUACGUGAGUGAGAUCUCGCCCAAGCAGAUGCGCGGCUCUCUGGGGCAGGUGACCGCCAUCUUCAUCUGCGUCGGCGUCUUCGCGGGGCAACUGCUGGGCCUCCCGGAGCUGCUGGGAAAGGAGAGCACCUGGCCAUAUCUGUUUGGAGUGAUUGUCAUCCCCGCCUUGGUCCAGCUGGUGAGCCUGCCCUUUCUGCCCCAGAGCCCGCACUACCUGCUCUUUGAGAAGCAUGACCAGGAGGGAGCUGAGAAAGCCUUCCGGACCUUCCUGGGGAAAGAGGACAUCUCCUGCGAGAUGGAGGAGGUCCUGGCGGAGAGCCGCGUGCAGAGGAACAUCCGGCUGGUAUCCGUGCUGGAGUUGCUCAGGAGUCCCUUCGUCUGCUGGCAGCUCAUCACUGUGGUCAUCUCCAUGGCCUGCUACCAGCUCUGCGGCCUCAAUGCGAUUUGGUUCUACACCAACAGUAUCUUUGGAAAAGCUGGAAUCACUCCAGAAAAGAUCCCAUACAUCACCUUGAGCACAGGUGGCAUUGAGACUCUGGCUGCCAUCUUCUCUGGCUUGGUCAUCGAGCGUGUGGGACGGAGACCCCUCCUCAUCGGUGGCUUUGGGCUGAUGGCCCUCUUCUUUGGGAUCCUCACCAUUACACUGACCCUGCAGGACCACGCACCCUGGAUCCCUUACCUGAGUAUCGUGUGCAUUCUGGCCAUCAUCGCCGCCUUCUGCAGCGGGCCAGGUGGCAUUCCCUUCAUCCUGACCAGCGAGUUCUUCCAGCAAGCCCAGCGGCCAGCUGCCUUUACCGUGGUGGGCACCGUCAACUGGCUCUCCAACUUCACCAUUGGCCUCCUCUUCCCAUUCAUUCAGCAAAGUCUGGACACCUACUGUUUCCUGGUUUUUGCUGCAAUCUGUUUCACAGGUGCUCUCUAUUUGUAUUUUGUCCUGCCUGAGACCAAAAACAGAACGCAUGCAGAAAUCAGCCAGGCAUUCGCCAAAAGGAACAAGGCAUACCCACCAGAGGGGAGAACUGACUCAGCAGUAACUGAUGAUAAGACGAACAUUCGGCCUGAACCAGACUCCUCCUCUGCACUGGAGAACUGAGUCAAAAACAGCGUUGUCUGAAUGGACGGGCUCACCAUUUUAAAACCAGAGUCCCCUGCAAUUUUAGCCUGAUGAAAUAUUUAAAAAUAAGCCUUUGCUAAUCCAACAUUGCAACCCAUUUGGGAUUUCUUCACAGCUGAAUCCCCCAAAGUCUUCUGGCAGUUGGAAUCUCCCCUUCAGUGGACCGAGUUUUCUUCUAUAGAGAUCCAUGCCCUGCCUUCUUCACAACUUACCCCAUGGUUUUGAAAUGAAACUGGGGACACAGCAUUUGAAUGCUUUCUCAAAGGUCAACAAUCUGGUCUGACAGAGGACUCAAAGGGCUUCCAGUCCCAGCUCUAACAGUAGUAGCCUUGAGCUGCCCUCAGUCUGGAUCCUGAAGCUUUCAAGGACUCUUGGCUCUGAUUGCUGAAGCUGAAACUCCAAUACUU